UUCAUUUUUGUAAUUAGAAUAUUUAAACAUAGCUUAAAUUAAAAGUAACAUUUACACUAUGAAGUUGAUAGUUAUUUUAAUACCAAUCAUUGCAUUUUUGCUAAUUGAAGCUAAAACUAGCAACGAAGAAUGGAAACAUUUUAAGGCUGAAUUUAACAAAAUAUAUAAAUCAAACCAAGAAGAUCAAAAAAGAUAUAAAAUUUUUAUAAAAAAUUUAAAAAACAUACGAGCACAUAAUCAACGAUUUGAACUUGGAGAAGAAACAUACAUGCAAGAAAUUAAUAAGUUUGCAGAUAUUACAGAAGAUGAGUUCACUAAAUUAUAUGGUUUGUACGAGAGAUCAAAGCCUGUGAAAUACGAUACAUAUAGAACUCUAAAUGAAACGGAAUCUACCAAUAAUGCUACCGAUAAUAUCGAGUCUUUAGAUUGGAGGGAUUUAGGGGGUUUCACCCCAGCAAAAGAUCAAGGCCUGUGUGGCGCUUGCUAUAUAUUUAGCGUGAUUGGUAAUAUAGAAAACUAUCACUACCGAAAAACUGGUCAAUUACUCUCUCUUAGCGAACAACAUGUUGUCGAUUGUCUAUCCAACUACACUUGUGGUGGUGGGCAUCCAGCGUAUGUCUUCCAAUUUGUAGCAAAUAUUGGAAUCCAUCUUGAAAGCGACUACCCUUAUAGAGAACAACAAAAUGAAUGCGACAAUACUACCCAACCCCGGUCGAACGUAACUCUAUCGGACAUUGGUGUUGUAACAGGUUCAGAUGAUGACUUGAAACUUGGACUCAUCGAAAAUGGACCUCUGUCUACAUGUUUUUCAGUUACAGCAAAUUGGAGGUUUUAUAAGAGUGGUGUUUGGUAUCACAAUGAGUGCGCUCAACUAUCAAAUCAUUGUGUACUAGUUGUUGGAUAUGGUACGGAAAAUGGACACGACUAUUGGUUGAUCAAAAAUUCAUGGGGACCAAACUGGGGUGAUAAUGGGUACAUAAAAAUGGCUAGAAAUACUCAUAAAAAUUAUUGCGGAUUCAACGCUGGUCUGUAUCCAAUCUAA